AUGGGCAUCGGCCUCUUCCAGCGUACCGGCAAGGUAUCCAAAUCCCAAUCCAUGUCACCAGCCCUCCCCCGCCCAGACAGGCUAAGCCUUCACGUCCUCGUCGACUCGGGCCCCAACGCCCGCGACGUCUUUGACAUCCGCGUCAACGGGCACGACUCGGUCAGCGCUAUCCGCUCGGCGGUCGCUGCCCAGAUCGGACACUCUUCGAUGAGCCUGUUCAAAGUCUCCAUUCCGUGGCAGGCCAACUACCAGGCCUCGGCCUACACAGAGCGCUACGGCGUCCCAGCAUCCCUUCUUUCCGUCUUCCCCGGUUACAACCUCGACGACUCUUCUGAGCUGUCAGCCAGCGGUGGUGCACGACUCCCGGCGUAUACCCCAGGUACUGGCUCGCUUCGUUCCCGCCGCUCCACGCGCUGGAACGCGUCGGCAUCCACACCCACCGUGCGUGACUGGUUCCCCGGUGGUGGAAGCUCCAACGCCAUCGACGUUCUUGUCCGCACGGCAUCGUCGUCCAACCUCGACUGUGCCACAACCCCAAGCAAGCCUGUCACCAUCUCCGCGCGGUUCACUUCAUCUUCCUCCGACUUCCCCUCGGAGGAGGUCAUCUUGGUCGACAUUGUCCCCACCGCUACCAUUAACGAGCUCAAGGCCGCCCUCCUACUCGCCGCUGGCCGGCCGGUUACAGCAGGGCUACUCAACCACAUUACACUCUGGCGUGUCGACAUGUCCGUCUACGAACUCGCAUAUCUCGAUUCGCAGGGCGCUCUCGACAACGGGCAACGACCAGUCCCUCUCCAACGCAAUGCGGCCCCAUCCAUUCCCCUCAAGGAUCUCAAGGCCUGCGUUGGUGACUAUAUCUCUUCGCGCUGCUCCCGGGCCGACCCCUUACAUAUCGACCUGAGUGUGCACAUUGCCUACUCAGCCGUCUCUGCGCUCGCUCCACGCACCAUUGCCCCAAUCCUCACCUACCCCAUGCCCUCGUACCUCAUCGAACCUCAUCUCGAGAAGAGACGAAGUGUUGUCCCCCUCCCCACCGACACCUAUGGCUACAGCAACAUGACUGCAUGGGCAUCACCCAACGAGACUACACGUGACUACGGGCUCGUGGCAGUCGAUCAGUUCGCGUACCCUUCCCCCCGAAUGUCAGAGAGAGACAUGGACGAAAGCCACCCACUAGUCUGCGCAGUCGGGUACGAGAACCUAGGCUCGCCCGGCCUAAUUGGCCUCGGCAUCACUAUGUCGCCGAGCCCCAGCACCGACACGUGCUCGUCGCGGGACGAGGAGUGCGCGUCCUUCCCACCCACGCCCCUCAUGGAGUCUGAUGGCAAGUUUGAGGAUGCGCCUAUCACUGGCCUCUCGCUUGGUUGGACCGCGGUGGUCAAGGAGGAGUCGCAGACUCCUAAGCAUCUCCAGACAUUGUUUGCACCUCCUACCCCGACCUUUGCCUAA